CUGACCAAGCAUCGACUUCUCAAUAUGGCCUCUGAUUCACUCGCUUCUGAGCACCAUAGCCGCGAGGCGCACCCGAACCCGGGGCUUGAAAACCCCAAUCCUUCGACCACACCAAGGAUGGAUCGUAUGUCACCUUCACAUACCCCCCAAAUGGAGCGAUCCAUGUCUAUGGCAGACAGCUUCAUUAUGGACCACCUUAAGCACCUUGGUGGCUCGCCGCUGGAUUCGCAUCCCGCUUCUCCACGAACAAAAGACGAAAACUUUGCGCCUAUAUCCAACUGGGCCCAGUUGUCCUUCAUUAAGAACCAGCGAAACCACCUCCGAGCAGAAGUCAAGGCCCACCAAAUUGCUGGCGUGGAAGCGAAGCAGAAUAUCUCGUCACUUCGCCGUCUUGCACUCCGCAUGGCCGUCAACAUCUCGGUCAAGGAGAAGCAAAUCGCGAAGACGGCUCGUAAUCUGGCGAGCAGUAGAAAAAUCAACUAUCUUUCUGGUCGGGAUGCUGAAAAGAGAAUUGAUCAACUCAGCAAAUGUUUGAAAGAAGAAGAACAUAGGAACAAGGACAUAUUAGAGUGCUUGGAGAAGGCUUCGAUGCUUACUCUUCAAUACUCCAAUCCGGACCCACAAGUUCGAAACCGUGUGCAACCACACCCAAUGUCCCCGCCAACAACGCCUCCAACUCGAUUUGCUCAUUCUGAUCACGAUUCCGCCGACUUGGACACGACGCCUCCUGGUUCAGCCUCAUCAUCCUGGGACAACAGUGGCUGGGGUCAUGUAUCCAACAAAAGCAGUCCAGUCGAAAUACGCACAUCGAAUAGUCGAUUGAUACGGGCAAAACACGAAUCGAAUCGUGCCCUCACCAUAUGUCGCAAUCGAAUUGCAGAGCUGCAGGCGGAAUGCGAAAAAGGACAUGAUCGGGCGAACUUAUGGGAUGUAACGCAGACCAGCUUGGAAAACGAGAUUCAAAGCCAUCAAUCGCGCAUUGUUGCUCUGGAGCGAUCGAGAAAAUAUGUGGAGGAUAGCCUUCGCGCCGUUCAGGUCGAGCUUGCAACAUCACAGAGAUCAGAAAAGGAAUUGAGGGCUUCAUUGGAACACAAGGAUCGAGAGAUUGAGGAGCUGGAAAUCAACAACACACAACGGCAAGACUCGAUAGCGGUGUUGGAGGAGGAAAAGGGAGUGCUACAAGCCAAUGUCGACGAUCGUUCGGCGCAAAUCCAGAAGCUCGAAACAUACACGACCAGUUUGGAAGGUGAACUAGAUACUUUAAAGGAGAAAUUGGAUGAAGCUGGACACCGCGAAAUCGAACUCGAAAAUCGUAUCACUGAAAAUGACUCUGCUCGCGAAACAAUGACUGGUCAGCUUGAAGAAAGACAGCGAAAUUUGGUGGUCCUGGAGAAAUCUGUAUUACUCUUUCAGAAGCAGGUUACAGAUCAAGCAAAAAGGGUAGAAGUUUCCGGGGGCGUUAUCUCUGCUCUUCGAAGCGACUUGAAAACGUCCGAGGAGCUGAAGCAGCAUACCGAAGCUACACUGGCAAUGGCACAAGGCUCCGUGAUCGAAUUGGAAGCGAGCCUCCGCUCAGCACAGGAAGCGAGCAACGAUCUGCGAGCUGAACUUGACACAACGGUACUAAUAAAAAGAGAGCUGGAAGAAGAGUUACAAAAGACAAUAGAUUCUUUAGCUAAUGAGUCCAAACAAAGAACCAGACUGCGAUCUGAGUUGGAUGCUCUGAUUAUCUCGCGCGAAGAUAUGCAAAGGGACCUCGACUCUGCCAAAAAGCAGCUUGUGACUCUGAAAGAAGCAGACGCUGAAGCGCAACAACAGCUAGAGGCUUUGAGGAAUGACAAGGUUGCGUUAUCGACCGAACUUGGAGCUGCCCAUGAGUCAUCGAAAGAGCUCCAUGUACAGCUGGACCGCAGUAACACUAAGAUCUCGAGAAUGGAGGCUUCUGCGAUGGAAAUGGAAAAUAUAUUGCAAAAUACCCGCGAAUUGAAAAAUUCGCUGCAAAAAGAACUGGGGAUCAUGGACAAAUCGAAAGUGAAAGCGGAACGGCAAUUGAGCGAUGUAUCGAAUUCCAAAGCGGAGCUCGAGCGAGAGCUGGAAGGUAUACGGUCAAGGCUAGAGAGAUCCGAAUCACAGAGUACUGUUCUGCAAUCCAAAGUAUCUGAUCUACAAGAUAGCUUGCAUCAAAGUCAAGAUUCGAAACUUGAAAUGGAAGAACGUCUGUCUCGCAUACAAUCAGAGGCCGAAACUCUCCGAACUGAGCGAUCUGCUCUGCAGGACCAGCUUUCCGCUAAUCAGCACUCCAAGUCCGAAGUCGACAAACGCCUGGGUGUGCUUCAGGCUGAGGCUGCAGCGUUUAGUGCUCUGGUCUCCGAGCUCCAAACCAAAUUGCAAAGCACCCACGAGUCGAAAGAUGAUGUCGAGAAACAGCUACACGAAGCGUUGCAAACCGCUGAACAAUCGCAAGACAACCUUGCUAAAGCUCGCAGCGACCUAAGUAGUAUCCAGAUCAACGAGGAAAAGCUUUCGUCGCGCGUAUUGACUCUCGAGGCACAUUUGGCGGACAGUCAGGACGCGAAAGAGCAGAUACAAGAGCAAUACGAUCAACUUUCGACUUCUCAUGAUGAGCUCAAAGAGGAAGUGAAAUCCUCACAGGCUCGAUUCGAUGCGCUCGAUUUAGAGAAGAGCAACAUAACCACCGAGCUCUCUGUAGCCCAGGAGGAACUCGAGGCUGUACGAUAUCUCAAAAUCAGCCUCCGCAAUAAGGUUUCCCAAUUAGAUGAUUCUAGUGCAGCAUUGAGGAAGGAUCUUGAAUCAACUCGUUCGCGAUUGUCUACAAGCACCCUCGAGAACGAAAAACUCAGUUCUGAGCUUUCAAAAAUCGAUCAGGAGUUGCACGCGGUUCGUGACGCCAAAGCCGCGGCAGAGGAUAGGAUACGUACCAUGGAAGGCGCGAAAUCCGAAGUCGAAAAGGACAUGCAGUCUUCGCGGUCAAAAUUAGAAGCUUCUACUGUUGAACUCGCUGCGUUGACCGCAAAAAAGUCGGAAAAUGAGAAGGAACUUGAAGCUUUGCGAACUUCCAACAAAGACGUUACUACGGCCAACGAUGAACUCAGAGAUGAAAACAAUACUUUGCAAACACGACUAGACGUCUCCCAAAACGAGAAUGCUGCCCUCAAAUGUCAAGUGCAAGAUGCUGAACAUGAGUUAGGCUCGUUGCGAUCCAUUCACAUUGAGCUUCAGCAACAUUCCGAUGAAAUUUCUACUGCGAAGACCGACCUCGAGAAUCAACUCAACAGUGUGCAACUUUUGGUGAAGGCCUCGGGAACCGACAAGUCAGCUCUCCAGUCACAGCUCGUUGAAGCAAACAAGGAACUUGAAUCAGUGCACAUCGCAAAAACAGAGCUUGAAGAGCAGCUCCACAAUGCAUCCAAAGCAGCUACCAAGGCUCAAGAAGAAUUAAAUACUAUGCAGUCUCGUUUUGCAGAUGUUGAGACCGAUAGCACCACUUUCAAGACGAAAUUCGUUGAUGCAGAGAAGGAGUUAGAAUCCCUGCGCAGUGCACAAUCCGACUUGGAACAGCGUUACAACCAUGCUGCAAAUAACGCGGCUGAAUUAGAGGAAAAGCUGAACAACACAAGCUCUCGUCUCAGCCUCGCUGAAGAAGAAGGUGCGACGUUACGGUCUCGGAUCUUGGACGCUGAAGAGGAGCUUACACUUCUACGAGCCACCAAGGCUGAAAUCGAGGAUCAUUUCGAAACUGCUUCUAGAGGAGUGGCAGAGACCGAAAAGAAUCUACACGACACAAGGUCACGCCUCGAAAAAGUAGAAUCUGAAGGAAAUGACCUAAGGUCCAGAGCCAUGGAAGCCGAUAGAGAGCUCGAUAGUUUGCAAGAGACGCACGCAAAGCUCAGCGCAUCUGAAAAGUAUCUACAGGAUCGUCUCGCCACUGCUGAACAGGAACUGGAGGCGGCAAGGUCAGCUAACACGAAGCUGGAAAGUUUUCUAGAGCAAGUAGAACUGGACAUGCUUGCCGCAGACGCGGCAUUGCAAGGGAGUGAGGCGCGUUUCAAAGAGUUUGUCCAGGAGUCUGAAGCUAAAAUUGACGCGGCAACAACAGCCAAGACCGAAUACAAGCAAAGACUCUUGGCCAGGAACAGGGAGCUGGAAAUUCUCACGGAAUCAAAUUCGGAAUUGCACAGCCAGAUCAGCGACCAGACCCGUGAGUCAGAGUCACUGAAAGCCGGGAAACACGAGCUUCUGGUCGAGCUUGAAACGAAGAAAAAACAGUUGCAGGGACUACAAACAAGUCUUGAACAGAAGCUUCAGGAGGUGAAAAACAAUAAAGAUAUCACUAGAGAGUCGGGUCGGAUACAGCACGAAGAACAACUGCUAGCUAAAGAUCGGGAAAUAUCUGAAUUCUGGAAAACCCAAGAAGAGCGACUGGCAAAUGAACUGCAGGCCAAAGACCUCACAAUCGUAGAAUUGCAGCGAGGGAAGGACGAGUUUGCAACUUCCCUCGCUGCAGUGGAAACAGAGAUGCGAGAGUUGAAGGAGUCCAAGAGGGAGUUUACCCAACUUGUUGCAAAUUUGCAAGAGAAAAUUCGGAGUAUGGCAGCCAAUGCUACUGGUCGAGGGAAAUCACCCAAAUUGUCACUACGUUCGAGUGCAAGUUCGAUUGAGAGAGGGCGUGAAGAGAGGGCACGUAGUUUAACGCCUGGUACCCCUCAAAGCUCGCGGCCACGCAGCGAAAGAAGCCAUCACAGUAUUCAACCAGAUCUUCCACUUAACAGUGUUGAGGAAGAUGGUGAUUUGAGCAUCUGGGCUAAAGAGGUAGAACGAGUUCGCAUGAUAAGAGAUGAGACUCUGAUUGAACUGGACGGUAUAAGGAAAACUAGAGGCGAUCUGAGAAGGUCUCUCAAAGAAAGUGAGGCUCAACUACACGAUCUGGAGAGACAUGGCAAACCUAAAUCAAUUCGCACUGUUCUCCAGAAACGCCGCUUGUCGCACUCGUCGCAAACGCACUCUACCUUCUCAUAUUCUUACUCUCCUCCUCCUCCUCCACCACUACCACAUACCCCAAACUUAUUGCAGUCGCAAUCGCAGAGUUCCUCGUCACACCAACGUGCAUCAUUACCUCCAAGGCCAACAACUGGUAGCCCGCAAUCUAAGCGUAUCUCCUCAUUCCAGAGACCGCAGACUGCGUACAUGUACGUUGACCGUCCAAAGACAAGCCUAGGAUUCAAGCCUAAAAGCAGACCUGGAACGCCUGUUGCUGAGGACACUGUUCAGGAGGGCAUUAAGAAGAAAAGAUUUAGAAGUAUAAAGAAGUUCUUUAAAGAGUUGUAG